CAGCCAUCCGUCCCAUGGAGCCGGGCUCAGCGGGCUCAACGGAGUACAGUUUUUGGGCCACUCCGACGAGCCUUCACAGCCGAGUAGCACUGUAGCACUAUUUAAGAAAUCUUAAAAGGAUACUAGCAGGAGCUGGAGCAGCAGCAGGAGGAGCAGGAGCAGGAAAAGGCGCAGAAGGACCAACUUUCCACUCGAAGCAAAUUAAAAGAAAAGAACUCAGCCAAACUGGAGGCGGUGGGCAAGAAGCGGCAAAAUCAAUAGUGCUAGUGCCGAAGAAGUGUGGCCAAAGUGCUGAGUAAUGUGGAGUAAUGGAGACCUUUUUGCUGGCGGCGGCAACAUGAUGUGAAACAUGGCAAUCGAAUCAGCCAAAGCCAUUUAGGGUCAUCAAUUGCCCGGGUAGUGGAAAAGUGGAAAAUCGCCAGCAGGAGCCCCAGCAACGAAGCCAUAUGCACCGCAGCAUGGAGCGCAGGAGGAGCACCACCCCGAGGGCUCUGCCAGUCUGCUGGAUCCUGCUGUGCCUGGUGGCCUGGACGGUGGCGGAUGACUGGUCCCUCAGUUGCGCCUCCAACUGCACCUGCAAGUGGACCAACGGCAAGAAGUCGGCCAUCUGCAGCUCCCUGCAGCUGACCACCAUUCCGAACACCCUGAGCACGGAGCUGCAGGUGCUGGUGCUCAACGACAACCACAUCCCGUACCUCAACCGGGAGGAGUUCUCCACUCUGGGGCUGCUCAACCUGCAGCGCAUUUACCUCAAGAAGUCCGAGGUGCAGUACAUACACAAGGAGUCGUUCCGCAAUCUGAAGAUCCUGGUGGAGAUCGACCUGUCGGACAACAAGCUGGAGAUGCUCGACAAGGACACCUUCAUGGGGAACGAUCGUCUGAGGAUCCUCUAUCUGAAUGGGAAUCCCCUCAAGCGCCUGGCGGCCUAUCAGUUUCCCAUACUGCCCCACCUGCGCACCCUGGACAUGCACGACUGCCUGAUCUCCUACAUAGAUCCCAUGUCCCUGGCCAAUCUGAACCUGCUGGAGUUCCUCAACCUAAAGAACAAUCUGCUCGAGAGCCUCAGCGAGUACGUGUUCCAGCACAUGGCCAAUCUGAAGACGCUCUCGCUGGAGGAGAAUCCCUGGCAGUGCAACUGCAAGCUGCGGAAGUUCCGCGGCUGGUACGUGAACAGUCGCCUGAGCUCCGUAAGUCUGGUGUGCAAGGGGCCUCCGGCGCAGAAGGAUCGCACCUGGGACAGCGUGGACGACGAGCUCUUCGGCUGUCCGCCGCGGGUGGAGAUCUUCAACAACGAGGAGGUGCAGAACAUCGACAUCGGCAGCAACACCACCUUCAGCUGCCUGGUGUACGGAGAUCCCCUGCCGGAGGUGGCUUGGGAGCUGAAUGGCAAGAUACUGGACAACGACAACGUGCUCUUCGACUCGGAGAGCAUCUCCUCGGACAAGCUGUGGAGCAAUCUAACCGUCUUCAACGUGACCAGCCUGGAUGCCGGAACCUACGCCUGCACGGGCUCCAAUUCCAUCGGCAGUAUGACCCAGAACAUCAGCAUCUACCUCAGCGAGAUCGUUCAGCAUGUGCUGGAGAAGACGCCCGAGACCUUCUGGUACUUCGGCCUCAUCAUGGGCAUCUUCGGCACCGUCUUCCUGCUGAUCUCCAUCUCGUUUGUGGUCUGUCUGUGCAAACGCACCACCCGCCAGCACCGACAUGCCAACAAGGCGGGCGUGAAGUCGAGUGUCAGCUUCAAUGAUCAGGAGAAGAAGCUUCUGGACUCGAGCGUCACCACGACCACCAAUGACCGCGGUGACAGCUAUGGCAUCGACAACCAGCCCACUUCCAUUGGCAUGAACAAGGCGGACUCGGCCGGCAUGGGCUUCAACCAGAUAGAGAUCCAUGCGGUGGAGAGUCAUCGCCAUGGCAGCAUGUUGGUGCAGCAGCAGCCGCAGCAGCAACAGGUUGCAGGCGGUGGUGGCAUGCGGCAACAGUUGAUGCAGGUCAAAGAUCCCACCUGCGGCAUGAUGAGUGUGCCCACCUCGAUGGCAGGCCAUGCCCACUCGCAUCCAGCCCAGAUCUCCGAGGAGUUCCCGCUGAACGUGGGCGUCUUCCCCCCGCCCCCCGAGUUCUGUUCCAACAUAGUCCCAAAUCCAGCCUUCGGGGGCAACAUCUUCAUCCGGGUAUCCGUCACCCAGGACAUGCUGGACGGAGCGGACCUGAACAUGUAUCCAGAUCUGCUGAACAUUCCGAAGAGGAUGCAGGACGUGCAGGAGAGUGGUGCCGGAGCCGGUGCAGUUGCCGUGCCCGAGGGUCAGUUUGCCACUCUACCGAGACACACAGCCCGCAGAGGUAUUCUCAAGAAGGACACCUCCUUGCAGCAACAUCAGCAGCAGCAGCAGCAACAUCAACAUCAGCAGCAGCAGCAGCAGCAACAGCAGAUUCAGCAGCAGCACCAGCAGCUCCAACAGCAACACCAGCCAUCCGGACUCUACACACAUGAUGAAAUCGUGACCUACAACCUGGAGGCCAGUGGCUACGACCCCCACCAGUCGGCGUACCACAGCAAUGCCAUGGAGCUGCCUCCUCCGCCGCCGCCGCCCGCCGUCACAGCGGUGGUGCAGUGCCACCACCCGAGUCCCAGCAACUGCGCCAGCUGCAUCAACAAUGCGCCGCCACCGCCCUCCGCCUGCCAGUCGCCGCCCGUCGAGGUCACGCCCAUGAGGCCGCUGGACAGCUCCGCCUACCCCAAGUACGACAACAUGGGUCGGCGGAUCACCGCGAGCGGAGGACUCGGUGGCUCCACUCUGUCGCUGCACGCCGAGGAGCGGUACGAAAACGAGACGCUCUUUGGCCAGGCGGAGAGCCAGACCAAGGGAAUGCCCGAGCAGACGCAGGAUCUUCACCAGCCGCAGGAGGUGACCCAGGGCCAGGACAAGGGCGGCGGUCCUGGCGAGUUCGUGUCGCUCUAGUAUUACGGUACCCAGGUGUAAAUAGGUCAAUAGAUUCGUGUCCCCAGAGUCCCCAGAGUCCCCGGGAAACCCUUGGCAAUCGUUUGGUUCAUAUCAGUUUGAGGAACGAGUGCUCUAGAUGAACAUAUGUAUAUGUAGCAACCCACACAAUCUUUUGACUGCAUCACAUUAUUCUGAGGAACAUAAAUCCAACGAGAAAUUCAUGAAAGAGAAAUGCGGACAGAAUUGAUUGGGUUUUCAUUUUUGGGGGAUUGAACUAUAGAAGGUUAUUAAAAGUAGAACAAACACCACUGUUGUUAAUUAAAUUGUAAAUUGGUCGACCAACCAUAUAAAUGAAAGCCCAUAUGAGACUGUCAUCACAUCCCAAUCAAAAUUAUAGUUUCCGAAAGUGUUGAGUUGACAACGUUUAUUUUCCAUUCGGAUUGCACUCUCAGACUAGACAUCGUUCAAGAAUAUACUUCCAGUUCAUACUCCAUUGUAGUCCCAAUCCCAGCUAGCAUUUGGUAGUGUCCCUUGAGGUCGGUACCUUCCUGGAGGUCGACAGCGGUGUAUUCUAUAAGGUAUAGCGACCAAACUGAUCUUCAUAAGGUGUAUAGUACGAUUAAUCGCAUGUGUAUUGGACCCAUAGCUGGUCGAGACUUAGACAUAUUGCUUCUGGGGUGCUAGGGUUUUAGAGAUCAGACACUGAAUAGGCUUAGAUUCGAAUAGGAUGGUAUCUCUAGAUAUGCAUAUAUAUAUGAAACGUUAACCAGAUCUAUUACGCCCCAUAUAAUCGCCCUUAUAAUCCUGGAUGUGCAAUGGAUAUAUAAAUACUUUAUCUAGUUUUUAGCCCCUCCGCCCCGUAAAAUAGUUCCUUCUUGUACAUAUGUAAAUGUAUUCCUAUUGCUUAAGGACUUUUAAAUCAAAAUAAUUUUAUGCUCACUACCCGAAAGUAUCGCAUAUAUCACAGAGUCGUGCCAAAUGUUUUUAAAGUCUGUUUUUAACCUGUUAGCCUCAUGCGAUUGUUUAGACGUGUUAGAGCCCGUUUCGAUUACGUAACCGUAGUACUUGCUGAACACUUAGUACCUAUUACCUAUGAUUUAGUCAAUCCCACUAGCCUAGCAUACAGAACAGAACACGUUCGGUUCCACUCCGUUCUCCCACUCGAAGUCCUGCAAGUAGAUCAAAAACUAUAUCUGAAUAAGGUACGACAUUAACAUUUACGCAACAUAUAUCUAUAUAUAUAUAAACAUCUGCAUAUGUUUGUACUUGUGUGUAAUCUGAAUGUAGAAAGAAAUGAAAACUGAAAACGGAAAACUGAAAAACAAAUACGACCCAAGCGAGGCUAUAUCGAUGUGUAUAUCUUAUAUAUAGUAUAAAGUACAUAUAGUACACAUAGUACAUAUGCAAUGUAAACAUUUAUCGAGAUCCGUGUUUGCAGAGGAGAGAGCACACGAGAACAGAGGUCGCAUUAAAUGGAUUUUUUGUGUCUGUAGAAAGUUUCAAAUUCGAGCUUGGUAAUGUAAAAGUAAGCUAUAGAAGUCAAUAUAAGUACACGAUAAAUUCCACUUACAUGACCACGCCCACUCACCGCCCCCCUUCGCAUGAUAAAUGUGUGAAUGCGUGCCUGUGUGCGAGUGUGUGUAUCUGAGUGCGUAUGUGUGUGUGUGCGGAAUAAUUAAACACAUGAAUGCAAUGAAUUACUAUAAUAAUUAUGGGAAAGUAUGCAGGCAAAUAUUUGCACAACUUCCAUGAGAUUUUUAACCCCUUCACCCCGUAGUUAUCCAUUAUUUGUUUUAUCGCCGUUGUUGUUUAAUGUGUGCCGAGUUUCAGGCGAAGGGAUUUUUGUAUUUUGGUAUUAUGAACUGAACCAGAGCAAAUUUGCACGGCACACACAAAACACGGCAAACAGAGCAUUCUAGUUUAAUCUCUAUAUGUAUCUGUAUCUGUAUUUGAAUCUGAAUCUGAAUAUAAUUUAAAUGAAUCCCUCUUCCCUGCGUACCUUAUUUUUGACAGCGCAGAGUGAAUGAUUCAAUCAAAUGCAUUUUCGCCGCUCUAAUGGACGGAUCUAAAUCUGAAUCUGAAAAUGAAACUGAAACAGACCCUGUGUACAUAGGCCAUUUUAAUUACAUCAUACUCGCGCAGACAGAGCCAAUAUUUUAUUCAUUUUAAAUCGUUUGAACUAAUUAAAACCAAAUGGAAACCGCCAACUGAGCGAGAGCAAAAGACAAGUGUAAACACGCAAAUAGAGUAAUGGGUAAUGAGAAUAGCAAGAGCCCGACUAGAGAAAAUUUAAACUAUGCUUUUAACUAAGUCUCCCAUUUACCGUUCACCAUUUCCCAAUUUCCACCUACCACUUCCACGACCGCCACGCGUUUUUCCGGACGGAGAUGGAAAUGUUACUAUGAUUUUAAUUACUCAGCUUGAAUGCAAAUGGAAAGCGCCCACAGAACCAGAUACCUAGUUGCGAAACGUAUCUGAAUCCGGGUAUUCGCAUAUCUGCGUAUCCGUGUGACUUGGUUUCUGGGUAUCUGCAUCUGGUGGCGUUGCAUGUGGCAAAGCGGCAAAAUUAACUUUUUAUGAGCGCCGCCAAGUGCUGGCGAAAUAAAUGAAAUGCGAAUGAUGAAUAGUAGUAACAAAUUUUGUACAAUACCAUAAAAACAUUGCAUUGCAUAUUGCAUUUUAACUUGAAUUCCAUUCGAAAGCUGAAAUUAGCCAAAUCCUACGAGCCGCACAGAAUCUGAAUCAGAAUCCAUCACGAACUCGUAUACGCAUUUAUAAAUACAAAACAUCCCGACAGGACACGAACGCACUUGCGGACAGGACACACGGAUACGGACACGGACAUGGACGUGGACGUGGACAAAGAAGACGGACAGACCGGAAAAAGCGAACAUUGAACAAACAAUAUAACCGAGAAUACAUUGUAAUAGCAUUAAUAGAUUGUCAAGCUUUAUUACACACUAUAUUAACAUAGAUGGAA